UCUUUAUUAUAGUUGUGAGGAAAAGAUAUAUAUGAAAUCAACGUCAAGGUGUCGUGUUUCUACCAAAAUGGGUCAUAUUAUCUGUCCCUAUCUCAAACUUUGAUUAUAUAACAACAACAUCACCGAAAGCAUUUUCAUCUCACUCUCGUUUAUGAACCUAAUCACAACACUUCGAUAAUCUCCCAUAAAAGCCUCUCAAUUAUUCAAUUCCAUCAUUACUUUCAGUUUCCAGAGAAAUGGGUUCUGAUAGCAACAAUUUGGGAUUCUUGAAGGAGAUCGGUUUGGGUGCUACUAACAUCGGUUCUUUCAUCAAUGGCCAAUGGAAAGCCAACGGUCCUACUGUUCAUUCCGUCAAUCCUUCCACCAAUCAGGUUAUUGCUUCCGUGACUGAAGCAACUUUGGAUGAUUAUGAAGAGGGAUUGAGAGCUAGCAGUGAAGCAGCAAAGACAUGGAGGACUGUUCCGGCACCGAAAAGAGGUGAGAUUGUAAGACAGAUUGGGGAUGCGUUGAGGGCUAAGUUGGAUCCACUUGGUAGGUUGGUGGCUCUUGAGAUGGGGAAAAUUCUUGCUGAAGGAAUUGGUGAGGUUCAGGAAAUUAUUGAUAUGUGUGAUUAUUCUGUUGGGCUGAGCCGACAACUGAAUGGAUCAAUUAUCCCAUCAGAACGUCCAGAGCAUAUGAUGUUUGAGGUAUGGAACCCAUUAGGAAUCGUUGGUGUAAUCACUGCUUUCAACUUUCCAUGUGCUGUACUAGGAUGGAAUGCUUGCAUUGCACUAGUCGGUGGUAACACUGUUGUUUGGAAGGGCGCGCCAACUACUCCAUUGAUAACUGUUGCUGUGACAAAGCUGAUUGCUGAAGUUUUUGAGAGGAACAAUUUACCCGGAGCAAUAUUUACCGCUCUCUGUGGGGGUGCUGAUAUUGGGCACGCAAUAGCGAAAGACACACGCAUUCCUUUGGUUUCAUUUACUGGAAGCUCAAAGGUGGGCGCGCUGGUCCAGCAAACAGUGAGUCAAAGAUUUGGCAAAACCUUGCUUGAGUUGAGUGGUAACAAUGCAAUAAUAGUCAUGGAUGAUGCCGAUAUCACAUUGGCUGUGCGCUCUAUUUUCUUUGCAGCUGUCGGUACUGCUGGUCAGCGUUGUACAACCUGUCGUAGACUGUAUCUGCAUGAGAGUGUUUAUGCAAACGUGCUUGAACAACUUACCGCACUCUACAAACAAGUCAAAAUUGGGAAUCCUCUGGAGGAAGGGACACUAGUUGGGCCUCUGCAUACUCGUUCUGCGGUGGAAAAUUUUAAGAAUGGUAUUUCUGCAAUUAAAUCUCAGGCAAGGAAGAUUGUAACAGGGGGGUCUGUAUUAGAGUCGGAAGGAAACUUUGUCGUGCCAACGAUUGUUGAGAUUUCUGCAGAUGCUGCUGUAGUUAAAGAAGAAUUGUUUGCUCCAGUUCUCUAUGUUAUGAAAUUUAAGGAUCUUGAAGAAGCAAUUGCCUUGAACAAUUCCGUACCUCAAGGAUUGAGUAGUUCCAUCUUCACACAAAAGCCUUCUACUAUAUUCAAAUGGAUAGGGCCAAGUGGAAGUGAUUGUGGUAUUGUAAAUGUGAACAUACCAACAAAUGGAGCUGAGAUUGGAGGUGCCUUUGGUGGAGAAAAGGCAACUGGUGGUGGUCGUGAAGCUGGAAGUGACUCGUGGAAGCAAUACAUGCGCCGUUCUACAUGUACCAUCAAUUAUGGAAGUGAAUUGCCAUUAGCUCAGGGAAUUAACUUUGGCUAAUUUUGAAGUUUGGUAGACAUGAGUUCAAAUGGUGGAAACACUCUUUUCAAAUGGUUGUUUCAACCAGAUAUGUUGUGAAAGUGGCACGGUUGAUGUUUGAGAUUGAAUAAACAAAUGCCCAAUUAAUUGAGUGUUUGGAAUUCUUAUUUCCAAUAAAAAUGCUGAGUUUGAGGAAUAAAAGUUGUUUCUUUAGAUA